ACUGACGUCAUUUCAUUCCCCUGUAUGGUUCAGUAUACGUAUGUACUUGGACAGCCUCAUCUUUAUCCUCUCGCUCGAUCGCUCGAAGAUGUCGAGCUGGUUGAGCAUCUUCUACCCGCCGCCACCGUCGGCGUUCGUCGCGGCCAUGUCCGUGAUCAGCUGCGCCUCCCUCGCCUACUCCGGCCUCUCCGAGGUCCGGGGCAGGCACCUCCAGUACUCCAAGUUCUGGAACACCGGCCGGCCAUCCGACGACGCCCGGCGGGCCUGCAUCUCCAGCCGCGCGGGGAUGCUGCUCCUCUACACGCCCGCGCUCGCGUCGGCGGCCGCCUCCUUCGGCGUGCUGGCCGGCGAGAGGAGCCUGCUGCUCGGCCUAGCCUUGCUGCUCCAUUUCUUCAAGAGAGACUUCGAGGUUUUGUUCAUUCACCAAUACAGCGGGAAUAUGAUGCUCGACUCAACUAUUCCGAUCUCCUUGAGUUACUUUCUGAACACGGUGUGCAUGAUCUACGCUCAAUACCUUACCCAGGGCGUGCCGGAACCAGCGGUGGAUCUGAAAUAUGCCGGGGUGGUCCUUUUCCUGGUAGGAAUCGUAGGCAACUUCUACCACCACUACCUCCUAUCAAAACUCAGGGAGAAGGGUGACAAACGAUACAAAAUCCCAAAGGGAGGUCUUUUCCGACUGGUGAUCUGCCCGCAUUAUCUUUUCGAGAUAAUUGGUUUCAUCGGAGUUUCGCUCAUCUCCCAAACGGUGUAUGCCUUCUCCUUCACGACGGGCACAGUGUUCUACUUGAUGGGUAGGAGUUACGCCACCAGGAGAUGGUACCUCUCCAAAUUCCAGGAUUUCCCUAAAGAAGUCAAGGCAUUGAUUCCCUACAUUUACUAGUGAGGCAUCGUUGCGGUUCUCGGGCUCGCUCGAUCAAAUUCAAUGAGAUGCAGUGUUGAAUUCGAACUAGCGUACUGGUGGCUUCAUCUUGAAUGCGAGCUUCAUCUUGUGAUUCGAUCCUACAAAAGGUUGGAAUUUAUGGUUGUCUACGGUGCAAACCAGAGACUCUUUAGUGUUCCAUUGCAGACAGGACGUUCGAGGAAAUCUUGAGCAUGGCAAAUCAUGUAAUGUUACUGUGAGUUGACGAGAAAAGAUCAUGAUAACGAAGAAAGAAAUUUAUGUA